UGUAUGAAGUCAUGUGGAAAUGAGAGAGAUUCUGGAAGCUGCUACUCCAGGGGAUAAAGCAUCCUCAAGCCGGUCCUUGUGCUUUGCACCACCUGCGCUUAACCCGCUGCGCUACCGCCCGGCUCCCUGGAUAUCUCCUUACUAAAUGGAGCUCUGCUUGCAUGUGUUCUGGCAUUGACAUUGCAGAAGGCCCAUGCUUGCCCUCCCUUCAACUUUUAAUGGUGAGCAGGACAGCUGAAGAGUGAUGCUUGCCUUAUAUUUGCAGAGUUCCCUCCGGUCACCUUGCUUAUUUCUCUGGGAUUGAAGAGCUUGUACUCAUUGCCCUCCAUGGUGGCUGAUAUUUUCAAGAAUGUGAUUUUACCUUAUAUCCAUAAGCUUUGCAAAGGAAUGUUUACAAAGAAACUGGUAAACACAACCAAAAAAAAGGAGAAUAGCCAGCAGAAAAAAGAUCAAGACCUCCCAGCUAUUUCUGGCCAGGUCAAAACUCCCAAAUUUUCCAACACAUUGAAAAGCACUGUCAAGAAGAUUGCCAAGUGCUCUUCUGCUCACAACUUAUCCACUGAAGAGGAGGAGGCUGUUCCGGACUUUUCUCUCUCCCCAACAUUCAGUUACCGGGUAGCAAUUGCCAACGGCCUGCGGAAGAUUAGGGGAAGUGAGGGUGAGCAUAAGAUUCUGUUUCCAGAGCUGUCUUCCAUCGAGAGCUCCUACUCAGAGUCACUAAAUGAACUGAAGUUUGCUCCGGAAAAGCAGGGAACCUCAGUCCACACCAUGCCGGUGAGACGCACCAGAAAGAGUUCCAGCAGCCUGGCUCCCUCUGAAGGCAGCUCGGAUGGGGAGCGCACCCUCCACACCUUGAAGCUGGGGGCCCUUCGAAAGCUGAGGAAGUGGAAGAAGAGCCAGGAGUGUGUUUCCUCUGAUUCUGAGCUGAGCACAGUGAGGAAACCCUGGGGGAUCAGGAGCAAAUCUCUCGACAGAACUGCCCGCACCCCAAAAGGGAAUGCCCUAGACCCUGGCUUCAGUUCCUCAGGCUGUAUCAGCCAGACCCAUGAUGUCAUGGAAAUGAUCUUCAAGGAACUGCAGGGCAUCAGCCAGAUAGAGACUGAGCUCUCGGAGCUGCGGGGGCACGUCAAUGCUCUCAAGCAUUCCAUUGAUGAGAUCUCCAGCAGUGUGGAGGUGGUGCAGAGUGAGAUCGAGCAGCUUCGCACCGGCUUCGUCCAGUCCAGAAGGGAGACGAGGGACAUCCACGACUACAUCAGGCACUUGGGCCACAUGGGCAGUCAGGCCAGCCUGAGGUUUCUGAAUGUGCCGGAGGAAAGAUUUGAAUACCCUGAAAGUGUGGUGUACCAGAUUUUGGUGGAGAAAAUGGGCUUUUCUGAUGCACCAAAUGCUAUUAAGAUUGAAUUUGCUCAGAGGAUAGGACACCAAAGAGAUUGUCCCAAUGCAAAGCCCCGGCCCAUAAUUGUGUACUUUGAAACCCCCCAGCAGAGGGAUUCUGUCUUGAGAAAGUCUUAUAAGCUCAAAGGAACAGGUAUCGGCAUUUCAACAGACACUCUCACCCAUGAGCUGAGAGAGAGGAAAGAGAGGGUGUUUCCCUCAUCCCAGACUUACGAGAGCAUGGAUAUGAAGUUAUCUACUCCUGAGCCCCAGGCCAAGAAGAGUAGCUGGCACUUAUCAGAUCCCAGUGAUGGAGACCAGGAACCAGACCUCGACAGCAACUGCUAUGCUGUGUUUACUAAGUCAGAGUUUCCCACUAAGGGAGGCUCCUCCAGGUCAAGUUCAAAAUCACAUGGUAUGAAAUCCAAGAAUAAAACCAGUGGCCACAAAACUGUGAAUAAAUCUGAUUAUGAGAAAAUGUCCUCACAAUCACCAGGACCGGAGAUGCUGGAAAAGCCAGCCACGGCCUACCACGCAGAUGCCAUUCCCCUCUGGCAUUCACAGAGUGAUUUUUCCACCCCGAAACUGAGUCGUUCUGAGUCUGACUUUUCUAAGCUAUGUCAGUCAUACUCAGAGGAUUUCUCUGAGAAUCAGUUUCUCAUGAGAACUAACGGAAGCUCCCUACUGUCUUCCUCAGACCGGGAACUUUGGCAGAGGAAGCAGGAGGGGACUCUCACCUUGUAUGACAGGCCUCAGGAUCAACCCUUCAGUGCGACUGUUGAGAGCAUCUCAGGACGGGGUGAAGCUGAGAACACAGAGAUCAUGGGUAGUGGCAUGAGCAACAGUGCACAUUGUGUCUCCGGAGACCAAAGUCAUUAUAGUUAUUCCCAGCUCUCUUUGCAUGAAGACCUCUCUCCAUGGAAGGGGUGGAAGCAGACUGAGCAUGGAGCUGACUUAGGUCUGGAUCCAUCCACACAGGAAGCUUUUGACUAUGACACCAACAGUUUCUCUGAUCAACAAAUUGAUCACAGUAAAGAACUGGAAGACGUGAGAAAGCGCCACAGUGACCAGCAGGAUGGCUCCGAGAGCAUUGACCUCACCCAAGAUGACAACUCAUCUCCCUGCCCUGGGUUGGAUCAUGAGCCCCAGGGUCAAUGGAUGGGCCAGUAUGAGUCCUAUCAGGAGACUAAUUCUAAUGAACUCUACCAGAAUCAAAAUCAGUUUUCUAUGAUGUAUGGAAGUCAGAGUGAACUGCAAAGUGAUGACUCCGAGGAUGCCCCACCCAAGUCUUGGCACAGCCGACUGAGCAUCGACCUUUCUGAUAAAGCGUUCAGCUUCCCCAAAUUCGGGUCUACUAUCCAGAGGGCUAGGUCAGCCCUGGAAGUGGUAUGGAACAAGAGCACACAAAGUCUGAGUGCCCAUGAGCACAGUGGCUCUUCUUUGAUGGGGAGAUUUCGGACAUCAUCCCAAUCAACUACCAAUGAAUCCAGCACCACCCUGGACUCGGAUGUCUACACAGAGCCCUAUUUCUAUAAAGCAGAGGACCAUGAGGACUACAGUGAGCCAGUGGCUGAGAAUGAGACAGAUUAUGUGGAGGUGAUGGAGCAAGUCUUGGCAAAGCUGGAAAAUAGGACUAGUGUCACUGAGACAGAGGAACAAAUGCAGGAGUGCGACCACUCUUCCUACGAAACGCCCUACGAAACCCCCCAAGAUGAGGGUUAUGAUGGGCAGGAAGAUGAUGUGCUUAGUGAGGGGGGACUGGAUACCAUAAACAAAACAUCAGCUGAAACGGAAGUAAAAGAAGAUGAGAACCAAAACUUCCCUGAACCAUCAAUGGAAACCACAAAGCCUAAGAGAGUUCGUCCAUCUUUCAAAGAAGCAGCCUUGAGAGCCUAUAAGAAGCAAAUGGCAGAGCUGGAAGAGACGAUCCUGGCUGGAGAAAGCGGUUCUGUGGAUGACAAGGCUCAAAUAGUCAGUGGCAGUGGACUGAAGGCUUCCCAAUUCUCUGCCCUCCAGGCGUUUGGUGGGGCUGGGCGAGGACUGUAUGGCAUUGACAGCAUGCCUGACCUGCGCAGGAAAAAGACCCUGCCUAUUGUAGGAGACGUGGUAAGACAGCUGGCUGCACGGAAACCGGGACUCUCUCUGGCCAUGCUGAUCCGGACCUCUUUAAACAACGAGGAGCUGAAAAUCCACGUCUUCAAGAAGACCUUGCAGGCUCUGAUCUAUCCCAUGUCAUCCACCACACCACACAAUUUUGAGGUCUGGACGGCUACCACCCCUACCUACUGCUACGAGUGCGAGGGGCUCCUGUGGGGGAUCGCCCGGCAAGGCGUGAAGUGCCUGGAGUGUGGAGUCAAGUGUCACGAGAAGUGCCAGGAGCUGCUCAGCGCUGACUGCCUGCAGAGAGCAGCAGAAAAAAGUUCAAAGCAUGGUGCUGAAGACAAGACGCAAACAAUUAUCAGCGCUAUGAAAGAAAGAAUGAAGAUCAGGGAGAAGAACAGACCUGAGGUGUUUGAAGUGAUUCAGGAAAUGUUUCAGAUUUCUAAAGAAGACUUUGUACAGCAUACAAAGGCCGCCAAGCAGAGUGUGCUGGAUGGGACCUCGAAGUGGUCAGCCAAAAUAACCAUCACAGUGGUUUCUGCACAAGGCUUGCAGGCAAAAGACAAAACAGGUUCAAGCGACCCUUAUGUUACAGUUCAAGUCGGAAAGAAUAAGAGAAGGACCAAAACGAUUUUUGGAAACUUGAAUCCAGUGUGGGAUGAGAAGUUUUAUUUUGAAUGUCAUAACUCUACAGACCGAAUCAAAGUCAGGGUGUGGGAUGAAGAUGACGACAUCAAAGCCAGAGUCAAGCAGCAUUUCAAAAAGGAGUCCGAUGACUUUCUGGGGCAAACAAUAGUAGAAGUGAGGACCCUGAGUGGAGAAAUGGAUGUCUGGUACAACCUAGAAAAACGGACAGAUAAGUCUGCUGUAUCUGGAGCCAUUCGAUUGAAAAUCAACGUAGAAAUCAAAGGAGAGGAGAAGGUUGCUCCAUACCACAUACAGUACACGUGUUUACAUGAGAAUCUGUUCCAUUACUUGACGGAAGUGAAAUCUAAUGGUGGAGUGAAGAUCCCAGAGGUCAAAGGGGAUGAGGCCUGGAAGGUUUUCUUUGACGAUGCUUCCCAGGAAAUCGUGGAUGAGUUUGCGAUGCGCUAUGGAGUUGAAUCCAUUUAUCAAGCCAUGACACACUUUUCAUGCCUGUCUUCUAAAUACAUGUGCCCUGGGGUGCCUGCUGUCAUGAGCACCUUGCUAGCAAACAUCAACGCCUUCUACGCACACACAACGGUCUCCACAAACGUGCAAGUCUCUGCGUCCGAUCGAUUUGCAGCCACCAACUUUGGCAGGGAAAAAUUCAUAAAACUACUGGACCAAUUACACAACUCCUUAAGGAUUGAUCUGUCAAAGUAUAGGGAAAACUUUCCUGCCAGUAAUUCUGAUAGGCUGCAAGACCUGAAGUCAACUGUUGAUCUGCUAACAAGUAUCACCUUUUUUAGGAUGAAGGUUCUGGAGCUGCAGAGCCCCCCAAAGGCCAGCAUGGUGGUGAAGGACUGCGUCAGAGCCUGCCUGGAUGCUACCUACAAGUAUAUUUUUGACAAUUGCCACGAACUCUAUUCCCAGCUAAUAGAUCCGAAUAAGAAACAGGACAUUCCUCGAGAAGACCAGGGACCAUCCACUAAAAAUUUGGACUUUUGGCCCCAACUUAUUACACUGAUGGUUACUAUUAUUGAUGAGGAUAAAACUGCAUAUACUCCUGUCCUAAAUCAGUUUCCUCAGGAGCUGAACAUGGGAAAAGUCAGUGCUGACAUCAUGUGGACACUUUUUGCUCAGGACAUGAAAUAUGCAUUAGAAGAACAUGAAAAACAACGGUUAUGCAAGAGUACAGAUUAUAUGAAUCUGCAUUUCAAAGUGAAGUGGUUUUAUAAUGAAUACGUGAGAGAGCUACCUGCUUUCAAAGAUACAGUUCCAGAAUAUUCCUUAUGGUUCGAGCCUUUUGUCAUGCAGUGGCUGGAUGAAAAUGAAGAUGUGUCCAUGGAAUUCCUUCACGGAGCUCUGGGAAGAGACAAGAAAGAUGGAUUCCAGCAGACAUCUGACCAUGCCCUCUUUUCCUGUUCUGUGGUUGAUGUGUUUGCUCAACUUAAUCAGAGUUUUGAGAUCAUUAAGAAACUGGAAUGCCCUAACCCUGAAGCAUUGUCUCACUUCAUGAGAAGAUUUGCAAAGACAAUCAACAAGGUUCUGCUUCAGUAUGCUGCCAUCAUCUCCAGUGACUUCAGCUCACAUUGCGAUAAGGAAAAUGUGCCCUGUAUAUUGAUGAACAAUAUUCAACAGUUAAGAGUCCAACUGGAAAAAAUGUUUGAAUCCAUGGGAGGCAAAGAGAAGAAGGAAGGAGAGAGAUUCUCUUACGAGCUGGACGCUGAAGCCAGUGCCAUUCUCACGGAACUUCAGAUCAAACUCAGCGGGGUUCUGGAUGGUCUCAGUGUCACUUACGGAGAAAGUUUCCAGCUGACCAUUGAAGAAUGUAUAAAGCAGAUGAGUUUUGAACUCAAUCAAAUGAGGACAGAUGGAAAUCCGGCAUCAAAUACAAACAUUGCCACAAUGGAUGCAGAGGUUGUGCUGAGACCUCUUAUGGACUUCUUGGAUAAAACAUUAAGUCUUUCAGCAAAAAUCUGUGAGAAGACUGUCCUGAAGCGAGUCUUGAAAGAGCUCUGGAAGUUAGUCCUUAACAAAAUAGAAAAGCAAAUUGUUCUCCCUCCUCUGACAGAUCAAACUGGACCCCAGAUGAUAUUUAUUGCAGCUAAAGAUCUUGGACAAUUAUCCAAAUUAAAGGAGCACAUGACUGGUGAGAAUGCCAGAGGACUAACACCAAGACAGUGCUCCAUAGUGGAGGUGGUCCUGGCUACCGUCAAGCAAUACUUCCAUGCAGGAGGAAAUGGUCUAAAAAAGAAUUAUUUGGAAAAAAGUCCGGAUCUUCAGUCCCUGAGAUAUGCCCUCAGUCUUUAUACCCAAACUACCGAUGCUUUGAUAAAGAGAUUCAUAGCCACCCAGACUGCACAGAGUCUCUCUUCCAAAGACUCAGUGGGUCAGAUCUCUAUUCAUGUGGACAUCACCACCACUCCAGGAACCGGCGAACACAAGGUCACUGUGAGAGUGAUUGCUAUUAAUGACCUCCACUGGCAGACCACAGCCAUGUUCCGUCCCUUUGUGGAAGUGUGCAUCCUGGGACCCAACCUUGGCGACAAGAAAAGAAAGCAGGGCACAAAGACAAAAAGCAACACAUGGUCCCCAGAGUACAAUGAAACAUUCCAGUUUAUCCUGAGUCAAGAGAACAGGCCAGGGGCCUAUGAGCUGCACCUGUCAGUCAAGGACUACUGCUUUGCCCGGGAGGACCGCGUCAUCGGGACCACCGUCAUCCAGCUGCAGAGCAUCGCAGACAAGGGCAGCCACGGGGCCUGGUACCCCCUCCUAAGGCGCGUGUCUGUGGAUGACACAGGCUUGACCAUCCUGCGAAUUCUCUCCCACAGGACCAGCGACGAGGUGGCUAAGGAAUUUGUGAGGCUCAAGUCAGAAACCAGGUCUGUCGAAGAGUAUUCUUGAAGCCUAGCCUGCAAAGACCCCGCCUGCAGAGCGCACCUGCGUGCGCGCACACACACACGCGCACACAUGCA